AUGAAUCCAAGAGAACGAGAAGCGCGCCGCACUGCGCGUGCAUCCCUGGCUACCGAGCUGGAAACGCACAAAGAGUUCGCAAUUAUUAAUCAGCUAGUCAAGCAGCCUAACGCCUCCGCCAAAACUUCUACACAGCAGAUUCAGAGCCUCACUACAGCUGCGUUGUUAAAAAGCCCACCGGUCGUUGGAAGCCAACUCACAAUCACCGGAGAUUGCCUUCUGGAAGUAGUCAUGCGCACAACACCAGAGCAGCAGCCAAAGCUCGUAUCGCUCGUGCUAGAGCUCCGCAAAUGCACGGUCAGGGACCCUGCUACGGGCGAGCAAUUAUGA